GAUCGUAGACUUGCAUAAACAAGAGGCAAAAAGAGCUCUCUCUCUCUCUCUCUCUCUCUCUCUCUCAACAAUGACGUCGUGGACGGAAACAACCUCGCCGCUCCCUUUGCUGUUCCGAAGGCGGUCCAGUGGGGAAAUCAGAAAUUUGGCCUCAGUCUCAAGCAGCAUGUUACCGGCUUUUGGAACUGUGGUCGAUGAAGGGCACUUGCAGCUCAAGAAAUUUGUUAUUGCUCCCUACGACAGGAGAUACCGGUGGUGGCAGGCGUUCUUGGUGUUACUGGUGAUAUACUCAGCAUGGGCGUCGCCGUUUGAGCUAGCCUUCAAGAAAGUGGCAACGGGGGCUCUCAUGCCCGUUGAUUUGGUGGUGGAUGCGUUCUUCGCCGUUGAUAUAGUCCUAACGUUCUUCGUGGCUUACUUGGACAAGUCAACUUACCUUUUGGUGCUUGAUCACAAGAAAAUUGCUUUGAGGUAUGUGAUAAGCAUAUAUUUUGCAAUGGAUGUAGUCUCAACUCUUCCAAUUCAGCUCAUAUACAGAAUGUUUACUGGCAAUUCGCACUAUGCCCAGGUCUUUGGCUUCCUCAAUUUGCUUCGUCUCUGGCGUCUUAGGCGCGUCAGUGAACUCUUCAAAAGGCUAGAGAAGGACACACGCUUUAGUUACUUUUGGAUAAGAUACAUCAAACUAAUUUGUGUUACACUAUUUGCGGUGCACUCAGCAGGUUGCUUCUACUUUUGGAUGGCCACCCAUCACAAAACAUUAUCGAAUACAUGGAUUGGAACACAAGUCAAUGACUUUGAGCACAAAAGCAUCUGGUUGUGUUACACCUAUUCCAUCUACUGGGCCACUGUCACCCUCACCACCGUUGGAUAUGGCGACUUGCAUGCAGUCAACUCUGGGGAGAAGAUCUUCAGCAUCUUCUAUAUGCUAUUCAACAUUGGCCUCUUUGCCUAUUUGGUUGGAAACAUGACCAAUCUCAUCGUCCAUAGCGCAGUCCGAACCUUAUUCAUGAGGGAUGCAAUCAAUGAAAUAUUCAGAUACGCAAGGAAGAACAGGCUCCCAGAAGGCUUGAAAGAGCAAAUGCUGGCACACAUGCAACUCAAGUUCAAGACAGCAGAGUUACAGCAAGAAGAAGUGCUAGAAGACCUUCCGAAAGCAAUCAGAUCCAGCAUUUCCCAGCAUCUCUUCCGCAGAACCGUCGAGAAAACGUACCUAUUCAAAGGAGUCUCUGAGCACCUCACUGUUCAAUUGGCGUCGGAGAUGAAAGCAGAAUAUUUUCCACCCAAAUUUGAUAUCAUCUUACAAAACGAAAUUCCAACAGAUUUUUACAUUUUAGUAUUUGGAGCAUUGGACGUGCUGAAAUACAAGAACGGCACAGAACAGUUUUUGUCAAAACUAGGAUCUGCAGACUUGGUAGGGGAGAUUGGAGUAUUUUUCAAUACCCCCCAACCUUUUACAGUGAGAACAAAAAAGCUUUCUCAGGUUAUCCGGAUCAGCCAUCAUCAUUUCAAGGAAAUGGUACAGCCACAGAAUGAAGACGGUAUGAUAAUGAUCAAAAACUUCAUUCAGCACUUGAAAGACUUAAAACAAGAGAUGCUACAAGAAAUCCCAUUUCUAACAGAAUCGCUGGAUGAGCUGAAUAUAGAGCAUAUACAAGCAAAUGAGAAUACACAAUAUAAUGAGCUGGUGAAUUUCCAUGGAGAUACAAAUAUGGAAGAGACAAACGAAACUUCUACUCCAGGGGCAAUCACCCUAAGAGUGAUAAUUCACGGACAUCAUCCAGAUGAAGGUGACACGAAUGGAAAACUCAUUCAUUUGCCUGAAUCAAUGGAAGACCUUCUGAGAUUAGCAGAGAAAAAGUUGGGAAAAAGAGGAAGCACAGUUGUGAUGGGGGACGGCUCACAGGUCGAAGAAUUAGACGCAUUAAGAGACAACGAUCACUUGUUCAUCUUUUGAACAUGAACAUGAAAAUGAUGUAUGAAUGAUCACUAAUCAGUUUCAGUCACCUUAUCAAUGAAAUUAUAUAGCGUAACUCAUGUCAAAGAUGAAGAUUGGAAGAAGAACAUACAGCACCUACAUGCUAUGCUCUGUUAUUGAGCAUCUCUAGAACGGCAUAAGCAGCUUUCUCAACUUGUUCUUUGGCUUCCUCCAAGCCUCUCUUCUUCUCAAGACUCUGCUCUUUGCACUUCUCUAUCUCUUCGGUUAUUCCGGCAGAGUUCUCAUCAAUUUCGCUACCAAAAAAA